AUGGAGCAACUUCAAGAGAACCAAGUUGUCCUUCAGGAAGAAGUAUCUCAGAUGCGGUCCCAAAUGCGGCAGUUGAUGGAGACUAUUCAAGCAGUCGCAAGAGGCCAAGAGGUUAUGGCAAAAAUGCAAGAAGAAAUGAACCAACGUGCCAACGACCAACACGAUGCAUUCUUCAGCCCAAGGGACGCUUCUCAGGAUGACGCCUUCGAUUCAGUAACCAACGAGGUGGAGAGAAAGGUGAAGGCUAUCGAGGAAAAGCUCAAGGCAAUGGGGAGCACUGAUGUUUUGGGCCUUGAUGCGGCAGAAAUGUGCUUGGUACCUGGGGUCAUCAUUCCGGCCAAGUCCAAAGUUCCGGACUUUGAAAAAUAUAAGGGAAAUAGCGACCCUAGGACGCACAUUAGGGCAUACUGCCGAAAGAUGGAUGCCUAUUCCAGCGAUGAUCAACUUUUAAUGCAUUUUUUCCAUGAUUCCCUCAGUGGGGCAUCUUUGGAUUGGUACAUGCAACUUAAGGGCUACCAUAUUCAUACAUGGAGGGAAAUGGCUGAGGCAUUCCUCAAGCACUAUCAGUACAACACUGAUAUGGCACCUAAUCACACGCAGUUGCAAAAUCUGACUCAAAAGUCUGAGGAGUCCUUCAAAGAGUAUUCCCAACGGUGGAGGGAAUUAGUUGCUAGGGUACAACCCUCAUUGCUAGAAAGAGAACUGGUAGACAUGUUUAUGGGAAACCUGCAAGGUCCAUACCUUGAUAGAAUGGUAGGGAGCACCUUUUCGGGCUUUUUCGACCUGGUCUUAGCUUGUGAAAGGAUAGAAAAUAUGAUUAAAAUGGGAAAGAUCCAGAACUCUGCCAGUACUUCUAGUGCAUUGAAGAAACCUUUUGUUCCCUACGGUAAAAAACGAGAAGAGGAGAUCAAUGUCGCCUCAAUCAUUCGAACAAGAAAUCCUACUUAUCCAUAA